AGUUUCUCACAGAAACAAGAAACGCUACUUAGCACCGAAAGCUAUUGUCCUUGUCUGAGCAUUGCGAGGGAAGACGCGUAUUUUUAUUAUUUAAUUUUAUUGUUUGUACAUACGGUGUAAAAUAAUUGUAACUAGGUUCAUCACGGUGAACUCUCAGUCGUGUAGUCGUUGGAAGCUGAAGCGCGAGCGGGUUAGCAGCUUGUUAGAGAGCGCUAGCUGUUUGUGUCGCGCUUGUUUUAUCUUACAGAAAUAGCCGAUUAAUAACCAACUCACACGAGUUAAAUCAACAGUACAGGUCAACAAUGGCAGACGACUUUGAUAUUGAGGCCAUGCUCGAAGCUCCCUACAGGAAGGGUGACAGCAAGUCUUCUAGUGCAAAUGGCCAUGAAGAACAGAGCAGGAAGAAAAGACACAGUCGGAGUCGCAGCCGGAGUGGGGGUCGUCACAGGAGCCGGAGCAGAGAGCGCAAGAAAAGCAAGGAUCAACGAAGGAGCCGCAGCCGCGAGAAGAAGAAAACACACAGCAAAGACCGACGUCGUUCACGCUCUCGCAGUCAUGAGAGGCACGGACGCUAUCGCAGCCACAAAAGCCCAAACCGCAAACGCUCUCGAAGCAAGAGUCCAUUAAAGAAAGAGAAGAGUCCUGUCAGGAAGCCAAUUGAUAAUUUGAGUGCUGAGGAGAGGGACGCUCGCACAGUGUUUUGCAUGCAGCUUGCUGCCAGAAUCAGACCCAGAGACCUAGAGGAGUUCUUUUCUGCUGUGGGCAAAGUGCGUGAUGUGAGGAUGAUUUCGGACAGAAACUCGCGCAGGUCUAAAGGCAUUGCCUACAUAGAGUUCGUAGACACAACCUCUGUGCCUCUGGCUAUCGGGCUGACCGGACAAAGGCUGCUCGGAGUGCCCAUUAUCGUUCAGGCCUCACAGGCUGAGAAAAACAGGGCCGCCGCAGCAGCUGCUGCUAGCCUGCAGAGAGGUGGUGCGGGUCCUAUGCGCCUGUAUGUGGGCUCUCUUCACUUUAACAUCACUGAGGACAUGCUUCGAGGGAUCUUUGAACCAUUUGGAAAGAUUGAGAGCAUCCAGUUGAUAAUGGACAGUGAGACUGGAAGAUCAAAAGGCUAUGGCUUUAUCUCGUUUGCAGAUGCUGAAUGUGCCAAAAAGGCAAUGGAGCAGCUGAAUGGCUUUGAAUUGGCCGGUCGUCCUAUGAAGGUUGGUCACGUGACUGAGCGCACAGACGGCUCAGCCGCCAGCUCUUUCCUUGACAACGAUGAGCUAGAGAGAACAGGCAUCGACCUGGGCACCACAGGCCGUCUGCAGCUGAUGGCCCGACUCGCAGAAGGUACAGGGCUGCAGAUUCCUCCAGCGGCAAAGCAAGCUCUUCAGAUGGGUGGCGCUAUUUCAUUUGGGAGCAUGCCUUCAGUGAUGCCUAGCCCCAGCAUGAACCAAGCUAUGAACCUCCCCACACAACCCCUGGCCACUCACUGCCUACAGCUCUCCAACAUGUUCAGCCCACAGUCAGAAAAUGAUCCUGGUUGGGAUAUAGAGAUUCAGGACGAUGUCAUCGAAGAGUGCAAUAAACACGGAGGCAUUAUACACAUAUAUGUAGACAAAAACUCGCCGCAGGGUAACGUGUAUGUGAAGUGUCCGUCCAUCCCUACUGCCAUGGCUGCGGUCAGUGCUUUACACGGUCGCUGGUUUGCAGGCAAAAUGAUUACAGCUGCCUAUGUUCCCCUGCCAACCUACCACAACCUCUUCCCUGAUUCAGUCACAGCCACACAGCUGCUGAGACCCACACGCCGGUGAUCUACUUUACUCUCACUCACCAACUUCUUACUCUGUCUGUCUCUCUGCCCACUACCAGCUAUUUUCUAAUCCAGUCUUUCUCAGUCCUGGAGUGACCUUUCCUGCAAGUUGGAUUUUUUUCUCUGUGACAAGUUUUGUAAUUAGUUAAUUAGAGUAAUCGAAUAUGUUGGAAGUAGGAAAAAGACCAAAUUGAAUGAAGGUGCUCCAGGAUGAAGAAACACUGUUCUAACCCAUUUUAAGACAGUCGCUGUCCGUUCCUGAAGGUCUAUAGCACAUUGUAGAUGUUGAAGGUGAACAGUUGCUGGAGAAUUUUAGGUAAGGUUGUGUGGAUUAAGGCUGGCUCGACUGUGUUAGUAAAAGCAUCACUCGGAUAUUCUGGAUUUACUCAGAUCUCUGAGAUUACUUUUUUUUUUUGUUUAUAGCUUUUUGUAAUCACACGGAAUCAUUUUGUAAAAGUGAUUAAAAUAGCUUUAAAAAUAACCAAAA